AUGCCACCCAAGGAAAAGAAGAAUAAGGACGAUAGGCCAUAUAAAUGUACAAUGUGUGAUAAAGCCUUUCAUAGGUUGGAACAUUUGACCAGGCAUAUUAGGACACAUACUGGAGAAAAACCACAUCCAUGUACGUUUCCCGGAUGUGCUAAGAAGUUUUCCAGGUCUGACGAAUUAACUAGACAUUUAAGGAUACAUAAUAAUCCUAGCUCAAGGAAGAAGAAUAGAAUUGCCGGUAAUUUCACGAUGGAUUCUGACAAUGAAUCAAACAAACAAAUGAACCAACAGCAGUCGCUGCUGGUUUAUAACCAAAUGCCUACUGCGGCUAUACCAGUCACUAUUGAUAGAAAUGGAAAUCAUAUCUACCACCAGCCUUACCCUGUAUAUUUUAUUCCACAAACACAACAAAACAGCCAGCUGCCGAUUCAGUCACCUCCACAACAACAACAGCAGCAGCAGCAGCAGCAGCAGCAGCAACAACAACAAGGAAAUACCUAUCAAAGUCAAACACCACCUAUUUCAAUUAACCCACGGCCUUACCAACAACAACAGUCAGCAGUAUUUUCCUUGCCGUCGUCGCCUACGAACUUUCUGUUUGUCAACCAGAUGGGCCACCAACAACAGCCAUCGCAGCAGCCAUCUCAGCAAUCAUCUCAGCAACCAUCUCAGCAAACAAAUUCGCUCCGCAAAGCGUUGUCUUCGGAGACUAUCAAAUUACCUUCAAUAAAUUCAAUAAAUCCUAAAUCACCUACUUCUAGAGGACACCCAAUAUCAAAUUCAGGAUCAGCUACAUCCAUAGCAUCCGGUAACCAUAUAUUCAGCCAAGCCAGCAGCAUGUCAAGUGGAAAUUCUGCCCCUCAUUCGUUAAGCACCACUCCUGAUAAUUAUAGCAAUGGCUCCAGUAUAAAUAACCAAUCGUUAUCAAAUUUAAAGGAUUAUUUCCAUCAGAACCAUUUGAAACCUAAUAAUAAAAUAUUCAAUGCCAGCUCGAACUCAUUAUCUUCCAUGUCAGGGAAAAUGAAGUCAUCAUCUGCUACAAAUUUGGCAUCAUUGAAUAAUUUAUCGUUGCAGAGAUUAACGCCUAUCAAGCCCUUAAAUUCAAAUACCAGAAGCAAUAAUAACACGCAUAUCAAUACACCAGUUCCACAAUACUCUUCAAAUGUUCCUAAGCAAGACUCAUCUACCUCGUUGAAUCUUGAAUUCUAUAUGCCUUCGGCUAAGAAAUCAAGACCAAAUUCCCCAGUACAAUUACCAACCUCCCAUUCAAGCUCAACCUUGCUCCAGCCCCAAAGUUAUUCUCAUACCGAUGUUUCACAUAUCAUGCUGCAUGCCCCAACUAACCCAGCGUUCAUUAUAUCGCCUAAUGAAACACCGCUACAAACACCUUCGCAAUCUCCACAUUUUGGUCCACAACAGACGCCAAUGGAUAAAUCGAUGAACUCGCUUAAUUUACUCAACGCAGCAGCCCAAAACUUACAACAACAUGAGAACAGUACGUCGUCUACUUCUAGCAAAGAAAACAUUGCGACCACAGGAACUCAAUUACCUCCAAUCAGGUCGGUGUUUGAUUUCGCUAAAUUGCAUAAAUGA